AUGCCCUGGGAGGACAUUCGGGGUCCAUCUGUGCUGGGGUAUUUCUGGCUCGCUUGCCUGGCAGCUUGGGUGUCCUCGGUGAGCUGGCUCAGCCCUCCUUCUCCUCACCCUGCUGCAGUCUCGGUGACGUGUGGCCACACGUGGCUUUCUGUGACCGUGCCAGCUGGCGUCCUGGGGAGCCAUGUGGCCGCUGGGGAGCUGACACUGGGAUCCGGUUGCGGGGUGACGGCUGCUGACAGGGACGGGUACCGUCUGGAGCACCCGCUUGGGGGCUGUGGAACCACUCUGGAGAUCCUCCAGGACAGCAUCCGCUAUAGCAACGUCCUCUACUACUGCCCCUCGGCCAGGGCCCCUGUGGCUCGUGCCAGGCCCUUCUCCCUCCCCGUCAACUGUUCCUACCCCAGGACAGGCAGUGUCUCAUCCCAAGCCAUCCAGCCCACCUGGGUCCCCUUUGGCUCCACCAUCGCUCACCGGACACCUUUGAGCUUUGCCUUGGAUGUGUAUGACAGUUCCUGGUCCUCCCAACUGCACCAGCCCACGUAUUCCCUGGGGGAACUCAUCAACAUCGAGGCAUCAGUGAGCUCUGAUGUCCAUCUGCCCCUGAGGGUCUUUGUGGAUGAGUGCGUGGCCAGCCUGAGCGCAGCACCGUGGUCGGGAUACAAGGUCAUCACUGACAAUGGGUGCCUGCUGGAUGGGCAGCUUGGUCGUUCCCGCUUCCUCCCCCAGCGUGGUGACCACUUCCUCCGCUUCCAGCUGGACACCUUCCUCUUCCCAAACAUCUCCAGCAGCCAGCUCUACCUCCGCUGUCACCUGAAGGCUGUGGCAGAGGGAGCUGGCAACAGUGUCGGCAAAGCCUGCUCCUACGACCACGUGGCAGCUGCCUGGCACUCCCCAGAUGGGGCCAACUGCUCAUGUUGUGGUUCUCCAGCCAGCUGUGGAGGCCAGCGGCAGCGCCGGCUGGCUGGCGGUGGAGGGCUGCUGGGGGAAGCCAACAUCCAGCUUGGACCACUGCUCGUCUCUGCCCUUCCCACUUCACGCCCAGCUCCCACUGGGCUCCCCACAGCACCAGAGCCCAGCACAGCACCACCUCGCCGCCCCUCAGUCCCCGUGGUGCGAGGGGAGAAGAGGAGGGACUCUGGGCUGGAUCUCCCCGUCCCUGCCACCACGCUGGUCAUGGUGGCCAUGUGCUCCAUCCUCGUCGCCGUGGGCAUGGCCGGGUGCUACUGCUCGGUGCGGCGGCAUCGCCUGGGGGGCUCCGAGGCAGCACCAGGGGACCCCCGAGCUGUGGCCAUGGGUCCCACCAUGGCUAGUGGUGGCCCUGGGGACCUCCUAGCUCCUGCCAUCACAUCCUUGGGUCAGGAAUAA